AUGAAGCUCCUAUACUGUAAUGCCCGGGGAAUUGCUAAUGAUGAUACUCAGCCGGCUCUCUCGGACAUGGUACGUAUUCAUCGUCCUCUUUUUGUUUGUCUUUCUGAACCGUUUAUUCUGCUCGAUAGUAUCAACAGGUCUUUUUGGAGAUCUCUUGGCCUUGUUCCUAUAACAACUAAUAACCGUGGACUUCAAGCACCAAAUUUGUGGGUUUUGGGUCAGGAAGCACUCAAACCUACUGUAAUAUCUUCCACAUAUCAACAGAUCACCUUUUCUUGUUCACUGGAUGGUUUACUUUGUGUUAUUACUGCGGUCUAUGCGAAGACUACCAUUGUUGGGAGAAGAAUGCUUUGGCAGGAUCUUUUUGUGAUUAAUACUUCCCAGCUUUAUGGUCGCCCAUGGGUGGUUUUUGGGGAUUUUAACUGCAUUCUUGGUGCGCAUGAGAAGCGGGGUGGUGGUCCUCCUAACUUAACUUCUUGCAUGGACUUCCAGCAGAUGUGUACUGUUUGUGGCUUAAUUGAUAUUCUGACCAAGGGUCUUGCCUACACUUGGUCUAACCGUCGUAUUGAUGAGAAGUUGGAUAGAGCUUUGGGGAAUCUGGCGUGGUUGGAAGCUUGGCAGGUUUCAGAAUAUGUGGUUGCAACACCCGAAUUUCCUCCAGUUAAUCAGGGAGUUUUGGACCACGCUGGAAUUCCAUGGUUCAGCCGCGAAGAUGAAGCACAAGCACUCUUUCAAGUGGAGCUUUCUUUGCAACACACCAUGCUUCGAGAUAAAUCUCGGGUGAGGUGGCUCAAGGAUGGUGAUCGUAAUACUGCAUUUCUGCAUAACUUGGUAAGGAUUCGUCGCUCGAAUAAAUCCAUCACCUCUCUUUUUGAUGGGAGGGCCAUUUUGCAAGAUCAUGAUUCCAUUGCCAGUUAUAUUGUUCAACACUAUACAAACAUGUUUACUAGAGACCAGGGCAUCAUUGAUACGGGCCUUGUGGAAAGAACCAUUCCCCAUCUAGUUACUGCAGCAGACAAUGAGAUUCUUACUACAAUCCCUACAGAUGAGGAGAUUAUGUUAGCAGUUCAGUCUAUGGAUGGUAGUAGCUCCCCUGGUCCUGAUGGGUUUGGAGGUGGCUUCUUUAAAUUCUGUUGGGAUAUAAUUUCCAAGGAUGUGAUUGAUGCUGUUAGAAGCUUCUUUGCAACUGGGUUCAUUCUUCCCCACUUUAAUUCCAACCUUAUAACUUUGGUUUCGAAAGUUGUUGAAGCACAAGACAUUAGUGACUAUCGUCCGAUUGCUCUGGCAAAUUUCUCUUUCAAAAUCAUUACCAAAAUUUUAGCUGAUCGUCUACGUCCAAUUGCUUCAAGGAUUGUCUCCAAGAAUCAGAGUGCUUUCAUCAAGGGAAGAUCAAUUGCUGACCCUAUUAUCCUUACCUCUGAAUGCAUGAAUCUCCUUGACCAUCGGUGUAAGUAUGGGAAUAUUGCCAUUAAAUUUGACAUAGCAAAGGCAUUUGACACAAUUGAUUGGCAUUUUCUCUUAAAAGUUCUUAGUACCUUUGGGUUUGACUCGGUAUUUGUGAGGUGGGUUCAUUGCAUUCUUCAGUCAGCACAUCUCUCCAUCCUAGUUAAUGGCCAGUCUUGUGGGUUUUUCACUUGUUCAAGAGGAGUGCGCCAAGGCGAUCCUUUAUCACCAAUCCUUUUUUGCCUUGCGGAAGAGGUGUUAAGCAGGGGUUUGUCCUUCCUUGUUUCUCAAAGAGAGAUUGAUUGUAUUGCUGCUCCUGGUGCUUGCAAUCCUCCUUCACAUGUGUUAUUUGCAGAUGAUGUAAUGGUUUUUAUGCAGGCUAGCCCCCUUGGCCUUAAUGCCAUUACCGAGUUUAUAGAGGAAUAUGCAGCUAAUUCUGGCCAGGUUGUGAAUAAAAACAAGUCACUGUUAUUCUUAGAGGCCUCAGCUCGUCCUCGGCAGAGUAUCAUUAUUCAAUCAUUGGGCAUACAGUUAGGAACUCUUCCUUUCAACUAUCUUGGAGUCCCCAUCUUUCAAGGUUGUCCUACUAAUGCAUUUUUACGACCCAUAACGGAUAAGGUCCGUUGUAAACUCAGCUCCUGGAAGGGUAAGUUGUUAUCUCAAGCUGCUAGAUUACAACUUAUUGAUUCUAUAAUACAGAGCUUACUCAUCUAUAGCUUUCAUAUCUAUGCCUGGCCCCAUUCUCUCUUGAAAGUGGUUCAAAGGUGGAUUCGUAACUUCUUUUGGAAUGGGGACCCAUUGAAAGAUGGAGGAGCUUUGGUUUCUUGGGAUCAAGUAUGUCAACCUAAGGACGGAGGUGGUUUGAACCUAAAGAACCUUUUUGUGUUAAGCCAAGCCUUGCUACUUAAACGUGGGUGGGAGGUUGUUUCUAACGUUUCACCUUCAGCGAAGUUUCUACAUGCCCGUUUUCUUUCGAAUGGGUUACAACCUUGUACUUACUACAAAAAAUCCUCAGUAUGGCUAGGUCUAAAAAGAGUUUGGCGAGUUCUACUCUCCAAGCUUCGUUGGAUAAUUGGAGAUGGUAAGUCGAUAAGGUUGUGGAAAGAUAAUUGGAUGGGUGACAUCUUAGGAGAGGCUUUUCAUUUUGAUUCCCAAACUUUGGGGCAACUUGACAAUAAGAUCAGUGACUUCAUUGUGCAUGGAAGAUGGGAUUUGCCAGAUAUUUUCCUCCAGGCCUUUCCCGAUGUAGCGGCUGCUCUCACCUCUCAUACCCUUCCUUUCGAACCUAUGAGGGACCAGGUUGUUUGGUCCGAUACUUCAUCGGGUGUUCCAACGGCUAAGGAUGCGUAUGGCACCUUGUCCCAAUCGCUUCCCAAGUUACAUUGGGGUUCGUUGAUUUGGCAUAAGGCAAUACAACCACGGAAGAGCAUUUGCACCUGGAAGAUUCUUCACAGGAAGAUUCUUACUGAUGAGCGGCUACAAAGGAGGGGUGUGGCCCUUCCAUCUAAAUGCAGCUUUUGUGGGUCGGCUGGGGAAUCAUGGAAGCACCUCUUUUGGAGCUGCAUGGUUUCGAGGAUGAUUUGGAGGUGGUGUUUUAGCAUGUUCAAGUUCCCUUCCAUGCAACGACACUCUAUACAUCAACUCCUUUCAUCAACCUUCAUCUCUUCUCUCUCUCCACCAGUGAAAUUGCUUUGGCGCAUCACUCUUUGCAAUCUUUUUUGGUGCUUUUGGUCAGAAAGGAAUUGGUUGAGACAUGAGGGUGGCACUUUCAACCUCAUCAGAUUCAUGCGCUUUUUCUUAUUGUCCUUAAAAGAGUCAGCAGGUAUGGCUUUUGUCCAUUCUUCCCCAACUUCAACUUAUCCUAUUUUUAAUAUCUUAUUACUUUCAUCUUUGAGAGCAACCUCUCCUCGUUUCAUAAAAGUGACCUGGACGCCUCCCAUUCCCCAUUGGGUCAAGAUUAACACCGACGGUUCUUUUCGAGAUGCGGACAAUGCUGGCUAUGGUGGUAUCGUUCGUGAUGCUGAGGGUGCUUUUGUCCAUGCUUUUGCUUCUAGGGUAAGAGUUCCUAGUGCCCUUGAUGCUAAGGUUCUUGCUUUCCUGGAAGCAAUUGGGGUGGCUAGGUCACGUAAUUGGCGCCAUUUGUGGAUUGAGACGGACUCAGCGGUAGUGGUCAGAUAUUUUGCGUCCCCAUCUCUUGUCCCUUGGAGGCUGCGCAUUGAGUGGCUAAACGGUAUGGUUUUAGCAAGACAAUUGCAGUUACGUGUCACUCACAUCUUUCGGGAAGGGAAUGUUGUGGCAGAUGUGUUAGCUAACUACGGUGCAUCACAUGAAGGUACUCACAGAUGGGAUUCGUUGCCCCAGUUUUUGUCUUCUGCCUUUGGUCGAGACUUUGUUUCAUGGCCGGCCUAUAGAUUUGCUUGUUGA